AUGGCAUCGUCUCUCGUCUUCUUCACCUUCUCUCUCAUUCUCCUCCUCCUCGCCAGGCCCCUCUGCCGGGGGAUCCGAUCCUUCUUCUCCAAGGAGACGGCGGCGGGCUCGCCGCGGUGCCCCGGAAGGGGCCACCACUGGCGGCGGGAGCCCGGCGCGUGCUUGCUGCAGGAGAAGCUCGCCGUCCUGCGCUGCGCCCGCGCGGCGGGCGGCGCGCAACCGGAGUGCGCCAUCUGCCUCUCCACCGUCGAGGAAGGCGACGAGAUGCGGGAAUUGAAGUGCCGGCACGCCUUCCACCGCUCCUGCAUGGAUGAAUGGCUCGACUACGGCCGGAGCACCUGCCCGCUGUGCCGGGUACCGCUCCUUGCGCCCCCCGCCGCCGACGCCGACGACGAGGCGCUGCCGGAGGACGUCGCCCUCUCCUUCUCCGUCCUCAUCCACAGCUCCUUGUUCGGGUGGUAG